AUGGAAGUACCAACAUCACAAACCACCACCAAUACCGUCUCCAUUGACCUAGCCAUUGGUCCCGGAAAUGAGUCACUUAAUCAUGUCCUACCAAACAAACUUGGAGGAAGAUAUAACGAAUUAGCAUCUACUAACUUAACCAUUGGUGAACCUAGUCAACUAAUUACAACCCCCACCACCACACCAUAUGGGAAAUGUAACAAAAAUCAUGCCCUAAACAACAACAACACUACUAGUACUCUCCAUGUUGUCGAUGGAUGUGGCGAAUUCAUGCAAUCCACCUCCACUAAUCCAUCUGACCCCGACUUCCUUAACUGCGUGGCAUGCGGUUGUCAUCGUAGCUUCCAUCAUGACAUCACUUACCAAUCAUCCGUUCAUCGUGUCAUCGAGUACCAAUUCCCGGCCCCAGCUCGCCCUCAAACAUCCACUACCCCAAAUAAUUCACCUUCUCCACCACACCCAAUUUCAUCUGCAUACUUCCCAGCACCAACAUCACAAAUGCUCAAUGCUUUCAACAACCCAAGUCUACCAACAAUACAAACUAAUCCCCCAAAUGCAACUAAGAAGCGGUAUCGAUCAAAGUUUUCUCAAGAUCAGAAGACAAAGAUGAAGGAAUUUGCGGAAAAAGUUGGCUGGAAAAUGUACAAGAAAGAUGAGGAGAUCAUUAAUGAAUUUUGCAAUGAGAUUGGGGUUACUAGAUGUGUAUUCAAGGUUUGGAUGCAUAAUCACAAAAAUACAAACAAAUCUAACAACAUUGGUGAAGGGAAUAACCACCAAGAAUGA